AUGGAAGCUAUCCAAGAUGCCUCAAACUUCAACAACUGUUACUUAAAAUCAUAUUAUGAGUUAAAUAAAAAAUUCUAUGAAGAAUUUCAUCCAGAUGAAGUCAAACACCUUAAAACUAUCUUUGAUUACUUUAUUUGCAAAGACUACGGAAUAGAUAUAGACGAGAAAGAUAAAGAGAAAUACCAGAAAUAUGAUUCUCAAGGUUUUUCAUUGGAUAUAAACAAAACAGAUUCAAUUUUAAUAGCAAUAAUGGACGAUGAUAUAAAAUCAUUUAUAGCAUCAGUAGAAUUGAGCGGAAAGCUAACAUUUUCUAAUAAUCUUUUUCCACGAGAGAUAUCAUUAUUAGAAUUAUGCUCUUAUUAUGGAGCAGCUAAAUGCUUUAAGUUUUUAAUGACAGAACAUAACGCAAAAAUCACAGUUGAAUGUAUUGCUAAUUCAUUUUUAGGAGGCAAUCCAGACAUAAUUAGUGAAUGCAUGAAAAUACCAGUUCCAAGUUAUGUAGACUCAAGGCGAAUUUGCGAAUAUGCUAUAAUUUCGCAUAACAUUGAUUUCUUCGUUUAUGCCGUUGAUCAUUACAAUCUUAAAGAUGAUAUAUUCCCAUCAUAUAAUAAUCUUAAUGCAUUUUUGAUUACCCUAGAUAAAUCCGAUAAAAUCUACGAUUACUUCUUUAUUAUGUCACCUCAAUUUCAUAUUCCAUCUCUAUGCGAAUAUUUUAUUUCACAAGGUGUAGAUAUCUAUGCUCACGACAGAUAUUUACAAAAUGCUCUUUAUGCUGCACUUUCUAAUAAAGCUGUUGCCGAAACAAUUAUUGCACAUGGCUUUGACAUUAAUCAUACAAACAUUGAGGGACGAACCAUGCUUCAUAUUGCUGCAUAUUGGAAAUCAAUAUGGCACGCUGAAAAACUUAUUUCACUUGGAAUAGACAUAAACGCAAAAGAUGUUUAUGGCAGAACCGCUUACGAUAUUGCAAAGAACAAAGAAUCAAAAGAAAUAAUGGAGCUUCUUAUUUCGCAUGGAGCGACCGUAUAA